AUGGAAAUACUCCCACCCGAGCUCCUCCUGUACAUCUUCUCUCUCGCUGCCACUGAUGGUGGUCCAACGUCACGCUCUCUCGCUUUGGUUUCUACAUAUAUCCACGCUGCCUCUACGCCUGUUCGGUUUCAUACUGUCGCACUCAAUGGACAUCCCGCGCAACUGAGGACGUUCUUCUCCCAUCUAGACGCGGAACGCGCUCGUAGCCUCGACUCUCCUCCACUCGUUCGCGGCCUGUACGUCAAGUGCAUCAACGGUCCCCAUGAGCCCGUUCAGCGACAACAGGGUGUCAUGUCCACACACGAUCCGAAGCGGACGGAUUUUACUCAAGCAGACGAAGAGCAGUACUGCGCUCUCAUCACAUCCCUCCUCAACGAGGUUGCGCCUACCCUCGACACUCUUACGAUUUCAUUUCAAACCCCCUUCCUCAGCACACGCGUCCCUCUGCCGACAUUGUUCCCGAGGUUGCGGGAGCUCUCCGUGGUCGGCACCUAUUCUUCAUUCUUCGAUACCACACACUUCCCUUCUCUCCAGCGCCUCUCCCAUCGCGGCGUGACCGACCAAGUCCUCCGCCUACCAUCCUUCAUCGCGCUAGCUCCAAACCUCACCCAUCUUCGUCUCUCCCACUUCCGCGCUGAGAGCGUGGAGGGCGUCUUCGAUGCCGAUCAACCAAGCCCGGAGUCCGCCCCCGAGACCAGGGCACCCCCGCGGUCGUGGAAGAUGAAGAAGAUCAUCCUCCAACCCGACCCGCCCAUAGGUCUGAUGUGCGGGUUCGGGUUCGCGCAACGCCGAAGCUUCCUCGAGCAGCUCGAGCAGAAGAUCGUGGGCGCAAGUGUGCCGGUGUACCUCGUCCCGCCCCCUCAAAGAUGGAAUACGGAACUGGACGCGGAGCAGAUACUGCUGGAGUGGAAGGAGCGCAUGGAAGGGGGCGUCGGCGGUUGGAGCAUACGGAAGGCUUGGGCAGGGCCGCGUGGGCGACCUAAAUGGGCUUGGUAG